AUGCCUGCCCCCAUCGAGAUAACAGACCCGCUCAUCGUCGUGCGUGAUCUCCACGACGACGAGAAGCUGGUGGUCAACGACUUUGAGCGUCACGCCAGCCACUGCGACUCCUGCUCACACGCUGUCCAGACAUACAAGGAUGGCAAUGCACUCUGCGAGUCGGGAAACAAGUACGCCCGCGCUCUCCACAAGUACCUCUACAGCCAAAACGGAAAGCACUACUCUACUGUGGACCUCGAGAGCGGCAAGUCGACGCGGGUGAAGCUGCCUCGGGAUGCUUUCCCUACCCGUGAGCUCCUGACAGCUCUCGAGCAAGGUAUGCGCAUCCGCGAGAAGGCCGUCGUCAUCCAGCAGCCCAUCCAACCCGUUCAGCACUCUAAGUCCCGGAGCUACGAUCAGACCUACCACGUCCCAGCUCGCCAGGUCAGCGGCAAGCAGGUUCGCCCUCGCUCCAUGUCCCCCGAGGCCUACCAGGUCAUCGAGAGAUCCCCGCGCCUUUCUCGCUCCCCGACUUCAAUCAUGUACCGCUCGCCUGGUGGCUCUCCCGCCCGCCCAUCCUCCAGCCGUGGGUCCUUGUACAGCGUCGACCGACUGGAGCGUGUGGAGCGCAACUCUGAGACUCGCCGGUACGUUGAGCGUUCCCCCAAGCACCAUUGA